UUUAUAUAGGCACAGUAUAAGUAGAGGAUUCUAGUUGCUACCGUCAUCGCACGAAUCAAAACGUCCAAUUGCCAGCGGCGAGUGCACACUCAGUUUUCUUAUAGCGUUUUUCAUUGGGAAAACUAGUGCGCACUGAAAGUGCACUUACUACAGGUAAUUGGGCAUUUUCGUUGGCACCGUCAUCGCGCAAACCGAAACGUCCAAUUACCAGCGGCGAGUGCACACUCAGUGCGCACUAGUUUUCCCAAUGAAAAACGCUAUCAGUGGAACAACGCUAUACGUGUAAAUGCAUGGGAGUUUAGUGGCCUUGUUUCUGAAUGUACUCCUGUAUUCGUCGUAAAAAAUGUCUUGUAAGGCACAUUUGGAUAUGGAAAUUCGAAAAUUGAGACCUGGGGAGCUAUACACUUUAGGAAGCAUAUUAAUCAUUUCUGAUGCAUGGAAGAAACUAAUGUCUAGUGUGCCCAAACAAGGAAAUGCUCCUAAAUUCAACAGUGAUCAUAUCAAAAUCAUUGAAGAAGCAGCACGUACAGACAAACGCAAUGCAGCUCAAAUAUUUUUGGACGAGUGGAGUACCAUGGGAAAAGAAAGGCCAACAUUAAAAUUGCUACUGGAACUUCUUAUAAAUGCAGAAUUAUUUAGAGCUGCCGACUAUGUGGCAUGUGAUAUAUUAAAACGAGAAAAACCAAAAAGACCAGAUCAUGGCCCAGCUGCUCCUAUUGAUAUAAGUGAUACAGCCAUAAAUAAAUUAUCAGAUAAGCAAAUGCUUCCACAGAAUACAAUUAUUAAUUCUAUAUUAGGAUUAGGAUCGACGUCAGAACUAAUUUCAGACGUUAGAAUAUUGCCCUCUGAAAAACCUGUACUUGAAGCGCCUGUAAUUUAUGGGUCUGAAGAAUUAUCAUCUGAAGAAUUGCCAGUGUUUCUUAACACCCAUAAAUAAUUUCCAAAAAAAUGCCUAACGAAGAAAUUGUUAGUACGAUGUCUAAAGCAAUGAUGUUUAAUAUUGAUUUUUUAUAAUUGCUCUAUUGAAAUAUACAUGUACAGUAUUUAAAUUGUAA